CAGCGCCUGGUUUUUGACGAUAAGAUCAUACAACUUUUCGCCGCAAGGGGGACGCUGUUGUCCACGUCAAAAUGGCGCAGGUAGAACGCAGGAAGAACCGCAAGAAGCGAGAAAAAGAUGCUGACCUGGCAGUGGGCGAGAAGCCGACUAAGCUGGAGUACGAUGUGGCUCGCUACCUCAGGGACAAACUGCCCGUCAAGAAGACCACCCUGCUGAGUCACAAAGUCGAGUACUUCAAUGCUGCCAAAGCUGUGGACAGCCUCCUGGAGUCUCCCUGGGCCACAGGGAAGCCCAAAUAUGAACAGCUGUUCACGACGAGAGAGUCCGUCGUGGAGUUCAUGAACACGCUGCUGCAGCACAAGUUUUUCCACCGGGCCAAGAAGAUUAUCGUGACGAAACCCAAGAAGAAAAAGGACGACGAUGACACGGGAGGUGGCACACCCAAAGCCACCAAGGAGAAGAAGAAAAAAGAUGAAGUGGAUGGCUCCAAGGAAGGCACCGAGGAGAAGAAGGAGGUUGAAGAGAUUAAGAAGAAGCUCAAGCUGGACAUGCAUUUGGACCAGUAUUUUGUGGAUGCCAACGAGCCAUACGUGUGGAUAUAUGAUCCAGUGCCACUGAGAACAUGGAUCUUUGGGACGUUACUGGUGGUAGGUGCUGUGGCGGUGUGUCUCUUUCCCCUGUGGCCACGGACGGUGCGGGACUACGUCUACUACCUGAGCAUAGCAACUGCCUUCCUUCUAGGCAUUGUCAUCUCCCUCGCUUUCUUCCGUCAAGUACUGUUUGUGAUCAUCUGGGCGUGCACUCUGGGCCGGCACCACUUCUGGCUGCUGCCGAACCUGACCGAAGAUGUGGGCUUCCUCGAGUCCUUCUGGCCCAUCUACCAGUACGAGUACCGGGGCCCAGGCACCAGCAAAGACAGUAAAGCGAAAGACAGCAAAGCUAAGAAGAAAAAAGAACAGGACGACGGCGACGGCGGCAGCAAAGGGGAGCACUCGGCGAGCGAGGACUCUGAGGAGAAGCGCUCCUCAGACCACAAUGGCGGGCAGGGCGACAGCAACGGCUUCGAGCUCGUCGACGGUCCUGUCGAGGACGAAGGCGGCAAGGAGAAGCAGUCCUGAUCCGGUGGAAGGCCACCCUGCUGGCUGGGUGGGUUGGAAUAAAAAGGGGGGAUGACGUCGACACGAAAGGCUCGGUUCGCCACGACAGCAGGCUCACACCGUUUUGUUGGACAGUGAAGCGCUCCACUCGGCUGCACCGACGC